AGUGCGCGCGCCCGAGGAGAGCACGAGCCGAGCAGAGACAUGAGCCUCGGUCCGAAUCGACCGGACUGAACUGAUCACGAGCGGCGGAGCGGCGCGAGGACACCGUGAGUACCGUGGAGCUCCGAACCUUUCCCGCACUUUCAGCAGCUUUGUGCGGCUCAGAGAGUUUCAGCAGCGCAUCUAUGACUCAGUUUGUCCUUGUGGGGGUUGACUCUGAGGUUUUUGAGGUGAUAACAGAGUUACUGGAAUCCUCCAGCUGCGGCGUCCAAUCACCAGGCGGCUGAGGCCAGAGGUGCGCUGUGAUUGGUGGAGCUCCUCUCAGUGGGAGGUGUGGAGGUCAGGUUUCUCUGGUCAGUGUGUGAUCUCUUCGUUCUGACGAGACACUUGUGUGCAGUUUAACCAGCUCUCAGCCCAAUCCCAACAAACUGGCAGUCAGAAAAUAAAUAGAUCUGGUUCUUCAGACAGACCGGCUUCAUGAGUGACCUCUGACCCGUGAAGCCCCUCCCCUCCAGUCCCGUCCAAUCGCGUGCUUCCUGUGUUCGUCACGAUGCUCUGCUACGAUCACGAGAACGUGAGCUUCUUCUACAACCACAGCAAGAAGAACAUCAGCGAACAGUGGCACACCAAAGACGUGGUGGUGGUGUCUCUGGGACUGUUAGUCUCCGCCUUCGUCAUCUUCACCAACAUCCUGGUCAUGCUGGCCAUCUUCAUGAACCGUAGGUUCCACUACCCCAUCUACUACCUGCUGGGGAACCUGGCGGCGGCCGACCUGUUCGCAGGCAUCUCCUACAUGUACCUGAUGUUCCACACGGGCCCCUGGACCAUCAAGCUGUCCGUGCAGCAGUGGUUCGUGCGGCAGGGCUUGGUGGACACCAGUCUGACGGCGUCGGUCAUUAAUCUGAUGGCCAUCGCGCUGGAGCGCCACCAGACCAUCUUCACCAUGCAGCUGCACAGUAAGAUGACCAACCACCGGGUGGUGCUGCUGAUCGUGGGCAUCUGGCUCAUCGCCAUCGUGCUGGGUCUGGUGCCCUCCAUGGGCUGGAACUGCCUCUGUGACGUCCAGCUGUGCUCCAACAUGGCUCCGCUCUACAGCCGCAGCUACCUGGUGUUCUGGGCCGUGCUCAACCUGCUGACCUUCACCGUCAUGGUGGCCGUCUACACGCGCAUCUUCGUCUACGUGCGCCACAAGAGCCGCCGCAUGAGCCAGCACACCUCACAGGUCAAGCACAAGGAGACCGUGGUCAACCUGAUGAAGACCGUCGUCAUGAUCCUGGGAUGUUUCGUGGUGUGCUGGACGCCGGGGCUGGUGCUGCUGCUCCUGGACGGUUUGUGUAAAUCCUGCAAAGUCCUGACCUACGAGAAGUACUUCCUGGUGCUGGCCGAGUGCAACUCCUUCAUGAACCCCAUCAUCUACUCCUACCGGGACAACGACAUGCGGGACACCUUCAAACGGCUCCUGUGCUUCCCGUGUGUGGGGUGGCAGCAGAAGGACGGGCAGUCGGGUGUCCGCUUCAACACCCUGGAGCAAGAGGUACUCUCAGAGAGCGACGGGACCAGCGCGCCUGCAGCAAACCAUCGCUCGAGCACACGCUAAAGCUGAACUCUGUGCUCCUGCCAUCACUUAUCAUAGUCUAGCCGUCGAACAUGAGCCGCAGUGUUUGUCUGUCUGUGCAGUUUUAUAGCAAAGUGGCAUUUUAGCAUUGCUUCUCCAUUUGCACAAACUCAACCCCCCCCACACACACACGCAUAUAUAUAUAGUGUAUGUAUGUAUGUAUAUACUUUUACAUUUGUACAAACUCAACCACUAACACUAGCAUUUACAGAAGCUUGUGCCUUGCCAGAAAAUGUAAAGGCAACUCUUUAUCUUACCAUUCUGACUGUCUUUCCUUGCAAUUCUGACAUGUAAACUUGCAGUGGCUGGAUAGGAACAAAUAUCUUUAACAGGAUCGUGAAAUAUGAGCCCAGAAUUCUGAGGACAAAUGCCAGGAAUCCAAUAUGUAAAUGAAAAAAAAAUUGUGAGAAAAAAAAAUUGUGAGAUGUAAACUCAGAAUUCCAAGGAAAAAAGAAUUCCAAGGAAUUUGAGUGAUGAAUUCUGAGGAGUAAAAAUAUUGAGAUGUAAACUAAAAAAAGAUAAAAUCACACACACACACACACACACACACACACACACACAUAUAUAUAUAUAUAAAGAAGCUUCCAUAACCUAACACAAACUGAAGCUAACUGAGAUGAGCUAGUUGUCUGGAUGAAAGUCCUCUCAUUCUCUGGCGUGGCCUGGCUCUGUAGAUGUAGUGUCUAACUAACUGAAGCGGUCAUGUCUGCAGAGGUAUAAACCGUGCUGCAGCACAGUGUGUGUCCGUCCCAGCUGCUUCGUGACCUGUUUCAGCAUGUAUUGUGUGUGUGUGUGUGUAAUAGCUGCUCUCUUGUGUGUUGCGCAGCAGAGAAGGCGUGUGCUGCAGGACUCGUGGGUUGUGUGUAGAUUCACUUGUAUUUAAAUCCUCAAUCAGUCUCAUAACCACUGCGUCUGGAACAUUUCAGCCUGAUUCUCUCGGAGGUCCUCCAUCAGUCGCUAACACACACACACACACACACACACACACUCCACGCAGUGAUGCUGAGGAUUCACACACCUCACAAAUCCUGCACGGCUGAUGAUGAUGAUGUUCUCUUUAAAUUACCAGUUCCUGUGUGUGUGUGUGUGUGUGUGUGUGUAGGGUGACUUAUGAGGACAUAACCAGUGUCCACAUUUUUCAAAACACUUAUAAAUCAUACAGAAUGAGUUUUUUUGAGAAAGUAAAAAUGCACAAAGUUUCCUGUGAGGGUUAGGGUUAGGUGUAGGGUUGGUGAAGGGACAUAGAAUAUACAGUUUGUACAGAAUAAAAACCAUUACACCUAUGGGAUGAACACACUUUACACAAAAACAAACAUGUGUGUGUGUGUGUGUGUGAGAGAGCGUGACGUGCAUGCUUGUGAUUGUUCAUCUAACUUCUCUGUAAUGCUGCGGUCAUGUUUCUGGCCGACAGAUGUUUGUAAUCUAAUCAUGUCAGUAUUUACAGGUCACUGUGGUGAAGGCAUAAAGCCUUGCACGCGAGCAUCCUCUCUCUCUCCCUCACACACACACACACACACGCAGGUGGUCUUGAUCGAGGUCCUCUGGUGGUGCUCUCGUGUACCUGCGGCGCUCGUUCAUGCACGCUGCUCUCUUCACCUGGUUCCUGCAUUAACAAUGAUCCCUGGUUUUUAUAAAGGGUCUUUUUUAAAGCUUUUAUGUUUUGUAUUGUAAGAGUUUAUUCCUGUGAUUUGUGCUCAAGUCUCCGAGAUCUCUCAUGAUUUCAGUGUCAUAUUUAAGAUCUCCGCUGUGUGUAAUGUGAGCUGGAUGCUGGUGAGUUUCAGAUGAUGAUGAUGAUGAUGAUGAUUCUGUGGUUGGAGAUGCACACACAGAUCUUUUAUUCUGAUUGGUGGUCCAUGAUUGUGAUUGGUUUAUGGAUGUGCUGGUUUUAAUCAAACAGGUGCUCAAGUGUCCGUCUGUUGUACAUGAUUUGACCACGCUUCUACUGCUGAUGAAUAAAGGUGCUUGAUGAA